AUGCCGCCCGAACCCCCGUCUGAGUCAACUUCUCCUCAAUCCCUGCGAUCUCAAAUCGCCUUCAUCACCACCUUUCUCAACUUGGCCCGUCCCGCCGACGGCAAGUCAUACUACAACAAGAAGUAUGACAGGAAAGCGGGCGCAUGGCAUGUCGCCUCCUUCAUCCUGGCCACCGGAGAUGGGAAAACCGAUCGGGUGGGAUCCAAGGUCGUUGCUGUGACUGACCGUAGAAGUCGUGAAGAGAUCAAUGUGCUUCUCUCUCGUAACGUCUCCCAGAACGCCGACGCCUCCCGUACCUCUCCCAGCCCGUUUUCUCGUCCCUUUGAGGGCCAUUCGGACGACGGCUAUGGAAUCUUGUAUAACAUCACACAUGGGAAGAAGAAGGAUUUUGCUGUCAAGUUCGAGGACCACAUACAGGACGUUGUGAACGUGGCCCAGUACUUCUUCAAGCUCUCUCCCGCCGAAGUUCGGAGAGGACAUCGCUCAUUUCUCUUGGCGUUCAUUGCCCUUCGCUGCUGCGUCAAGCUAGCCUUUCGUAUCAGGACCGGCAAGCUUAUGUGGCACUUCGAACCCAAGCAACACCCCACUGCUUUCAUCCACAGCAAGCUUGCCGAUCCCGACACUAAGUUGCAUAUCUCGCUGGCACGGUGGUUGCCAUGCCCCCUCGAGGAAGGCUACAACUUCUAUCCGGUCACAAGAGAGAACGCUUCAGAGUGGGCUCAGCUACUUCAGCAGUCCGUCGACACCAUGGACAGCGUCCUGAAGAAAAUCAAGGAGGGAGACGCCACAACACAGCUGUUCUUGGAUUUCGAGAAUGCAGUUUCGCUGCUGAAGUUUCUCGUGAGGAGUGGUGUCCUCAAACAUAUCGUCGCGGGCGACAUCAAGGGUGACUUGGAUAAGGCGCGCAGAGUAAAGUGUUCUGACCUAGAGACCAUCAUCCGCGAGAGUAACAAGAAACGAGCGAGCGCCGAUCAGACAUUCGGACAGGGAGUCGAGCCGUCCCUCGAGAAGGAUGAAUCGUUCCUCGAAGCGGAUGAAUAUGCUGCAGAGACCCUCUACAUCCCCGGCGACAUCGCGGACGUUUUCAUGAAGUUGCCGUCACCGACCGACCCUCCGCACGUGACGGCUGUCUUGUGGACGCCCUCGCGCCGUUGGAUGACCGAGCGCGCGUGA